GAAAGAGAGAGAGAGAGAGAGAGAAAGAGAGAAAUAGAGAGAUAAAGAUAGCAAGAAGAAGUAGAAAGAAACAGAAAGAGAAGGAGAGAGAAAGAGAGAGAGAGUUAUAUGUACAUAUAGACAGAGUUAAAUAUAGGAGUAUAGACAAAGGAUCAAAGCAGCGAAGAAUAAGAAAUUGACAGUGAAACGAAAAAUAAUUAUCAACGAGAAUCUCUUUGUGAAUUGAUUGUCGGAUUGUUUUAAUAAUACUCUAUCGAAGAUAGAACGAAAAGAAUCGUAGAGUGAGAAAAACGAACAUAUCGUUAUUUAUUGUGACCUGUUCGUUUUGUAUAAGUGUUUCUAUAUCACAACGUAUAGUGCAGACUACGUACACAAAUGUGAGGACUGUGAGAAAAGCUUUUGACUUGUCGUUGUCCAGCAGGAAGACCAACAAAGUUGCAUACCCGGUUGUCAAGCGAGUGCUAACUACUUCGGCGAACUAUUCUAUGACUGGUAUUUGUACUUGUGGAGAAUCUCCUGAUACCUGAUUGGUGGUGCGAACGUGGUUUGUACACAUAAGCGAGGCGUUCAACGUGGCCGAUCAUUGGACAUGGUGAGGGGGCAUGUUGGUGUGCCGGCGGUUGCUGCUGAUCGCAGCCGCGAUCGCGGCCUCGAUCGAGGUUGGCUCCGCUAGUUAUCGCUCGAGCAUAUCCUCGGACAACUCUGGCAAUCCUGGAACGACGUCGUCCGAGGUAUCCUCUAGCAGCCCGGAAACGAGCGGCUCGCCAACCGAAAUCGCCGAGACGAUCGUUUGCAGACCAUCCGAGUAUCUUUGUGGUACUGGCCAUUGCGUUGCACAGGACAAAUAUUGCGACGGCGAAAAUGACUGCGGUGACAAGUCGGACGAGCCACGAUACUGCACGCCAUGCAACCGAACGUUGUACGGUGACGUCGGUCGGACGUACAGAAUGGAAGUCCGUCGGCCGAGGAAGGAUCGACUGCCAUUCUUGUGUCACCUCAACUUCACUGCCGCCGGCUCCGAUCUUGGUGAUCUAGUUCAGUUAACGUUCGACACGUUUACGGUCGGUCGAUUUCUAUCUUUCACGUCAGAAGGAUGCCCGGAUGGUUUCAUGAGUAUUCGCGAGGAGGGUCGUCCAGCGACAGGUGGACAAUGGUGUGGCAGUGCUUGGGGUUACACGGUUUACUACAGCGAAACACCCUCCAUCAAUCUCACUCUUUACUUGCAACGCUUGCCCGAGGAGGGGAUCGGUUACAACUUCGACUUCCAACUGUCGUACAAGUUUCUCAGACGGAGCGAAGCACAUCUAAGGUACGGGAACACAAGUAUGGCCACUUGGCGGGGUGAACUAGUAAAUGGUACCUACUGUGAUCGCGUAUUAACCAAAUGCGACACUCGUGCCUGCCGACUUCAGUCACCGAACUAUCCUGGCGUCUAUCCCAGGAACGUCACCUGUUACUAUCGCGUAGAACAGAAUCGUGCACCUCCUGGGCACAGAGCACUCCUUGCUGUCAGUCAACGGAACAGCCACAAGAUACACAUUAAGGAUCAGAUCGUCAAGUACGAUAGAAGUCAACGUAUACUCAGAGUUUGGGAUCAGUGCAACGUAGUACAAGAUUACUUAACAGUGUACGAUGGUGGCUCCACCUCCGACAGGGUCCUCGUGAGAUUGUGUGGCGGGGACGCAGUACCGGAUAUUGUCAGUAGUCACAACACAAUGCUUUUGGAAUUUCACACCUCGCCAUACGAUAAUCCGUUUCACCCUGUUCCUUUGUCGUUCCUUCCAGGAUUCGAGCUUGAAGUUCAGGUGCUAUUCGUCGACGAGAAAUCCCGUAGCUUCGUGAAGGAGAACGACAACUGCGACUUUUAUAUAUCGAGCGACGAAAGCUCGUUGGGAAUACUGGAGAAUCCGAAGCAUUCUCUACCGCCGAACACUACUUGCCGUUAUCACUUUCAAGGGAAACUAAACGAGAUCGUUUGGCUUUCCUUCGUGAAGUAUUACGCAGCCAGUGCUGAACUUGCCGCGAAUCUUCACACCGGUGCCGAUUGUAACGCUAAGUUGCUGAUAUGGGAUGGCGAUCAUGCUUCGAAUAAGCUCGUUACAAAUCGUAAGAACAUCACAUUGAUGGGCCAAUUUUGUAAGGAUGACAUUCCACGACUAUGCGAUCACAGUCUUUUACGUAAUAGCAGUCGUCACACGCGUCCUUGCAGUCUGACCGAGAGUUACGUUUCAACCGGUAGGGAUCUAACCUUGGAACACAUUCUUCGUCAAGGAAGUGCACUUUAUCCGAUAAGCUUCGUCCUGCGUUAUGAAUUCGUGCACGAAGCAACGUCCUGUAAUCACGUUUUCUCAAUGGCAUCAGCAACAUCCUCAUCUUCCACGUCAUCGUCGUCAUCAUUCUCAUCAUCUUCAUCUUCGUCUUCGUCUUCGUUAUCGAUCAUCUCGAACUUUGGAAAGUUCACGUCUCCUAAGAGCGUGUUUCUCUAUGGCCGAGGUGGCACGCAAAAUCUUAGCUGCGUUUACAGAUUCGAGUCCGAGCCCGAACAUAGAAUAGAGUUAUCCAUUGAUAGAGCUUCCUUCGGUGAUAAGAUCUGUACCUCUUACAUCGAUCCACUCGUCAAUCGAUGGACUUGCGAUAGACGUAUUGGCGAGCCAAGAAAGUUUGGUAUAGCCGAACUCGUCAUUGCCGAGUAUCCUUGGCACGAGGUUGAAUUGGUACGCGACUGUUUAUGCUCGAACGUUAGCGAAAGGAUCGUAUUGAGGAGUCUAACGUCUAACGUCAUCGAAAUUAGAUUUACGGUGACAUUAAUGAACGUAACGCAAGACUACAGAGAUUACUUUUUCGAAGGGGAAUAUCGUUUCGUUCCGAUGAACACGGAAAACAGCGAGCAGGGUUGCUCGACGAAGUUGGAAGAGCGUCGAUUGCGUGGUACCAGUGGUGAGAUAUCACUUAGAAGUCCGUUGCCACGUGUAAUACCUGGUGUCGCCGCGGUCGAAGAGAUUCUAACGAAUACGGAAGAUCUAACGGCAACCCAAUGCGUGAACGAGCCCUGGCUGAUAGAGCCCGAGGACGCGCGUAUGAACUUUCUUUAUCUACGAACCGCUGGUUAUAGCAUUAAUCUCGACAACGUUGAAGAGUGCACGACACUCAAUCGAAUAAUCGUAUAUUCGGCGGCGAAUACUAAAGAACGGAGUGUUAUAUGUCCAGAGGGUGGCGUCGAUACCAGCCGAACCGUCGACUUUUUCUCCGGCGGUUGGAAUUACAGUGCGGUUAAUGCUACCGUUGCGAUGCAACAACAUUCGAGAAGCUUCGUCGUUGAAUUCCUUCAAAGAGAACCGGGUUUUUAUGCUGUUACUUGGAUGGCUAUCUCGAAACGAUCGCCCACGUCCAACAUUGGUUCUAACCCUUUUACCAUCUCACCUACGGAGGAAUGUCCUUAUAGGUGUCCCGAGAUUCAAGCGUGCAUCAAUCAGGUCCUUUGGUGCGACGGUGUACGUCACUGUCCAUCCGGUUUCGACGAGGAGGAGGCCAACUGUUCGUAUCGUUUCGGUGUAACAUUGCUUUACGUCGCUGUUGGUGCCGGUGCCCUUGGUAUAUUCCUCAUCCUUUUGUUAGCGACCGGUUGUCUUAAGUAUUGCCUAUAUCGUCACAAAACGCGAAAGAAGAAGAAGAACGCUGCGCUCAAUGUAAAUCAUCACGUCAAUCAUACUCACCAUAAUAACGGUUUGACUGGGAGCAGAUUAAGUGGACGUUACAAUCUUCCGACACCGCAGGAAAUGUAUUUGGAGAAUUACGGGAAGGAUAGUAUUUGUUGACAAUACGCCAUUACCAAUAUCGAGACCACCGUGUGAAUAGUUUGGAUUUUUAAUCUGCCUACCUCGCUGAAAUAGAACGCGUGAAAGAGAAUUAUCGACGGGGAAUAAACGAAAAAGGUUGGAUAAACGAAAGAA